AUGGCUCCUCGGAAUCUUGUGGCUCGAUUGAUAUCACUCUUUCUAUUCGUCAACGCUUCAAUUGCUCAGUCAUGUUGGAAGAAUACGACCUGUAGUGGACCAACGGACACUGCCUUUCCUGGAACUUGGGAGUCCAAUAUCUUCGCACCCUCUUCGAGGACAGUCUCACCAGCAUCCAUACUGUCUUCAGAAGGGGCGUUUAUCUCGAGCUUUCAAGGAUCUGCCAAGCUUUCAGGCAAUGGCUCUCAGCUUGUCUUCGACUUUGGCAUUGAAGUUGGUGGUCUAGUAACACUGGACUACUACGCGACUGGGCAAGGCUCAAUUGGUUUGGCAUUCACCGAAAGCAAGAAUUGGGUUGGCGAAUGGUCGGACUCCUCCAAUGGGGAGUUUAAAGGUCCCGAUGGUGCUUUGUAUGCAGUCUUCAACACAUCUGGAAAGUAUUCGUAUACUAUGCCAGAUAUCAGACUUCGAGGUGGCUUCCGGUAUUUGACCCUGUUCUUGGUCUCCAAUGGGACUGCUACAGUCGACAUCAAUGAUAUCAACCUGACCAUCGGAUUCCAGCCAACUUGGUCCAAUCUUAGAGCAUAUCAAGGUUACUUCCACAGCAAUGACGAUGAAUUGAACAAGAUUUGGUACAGUGGAGCAUAUACAUUGCAGACUAACGCAGUUCCUGUUAAUACAGGUAGACACGUUCCGUUCCUCAUCACUGGUUGGCAGAAUGAUGGAGUGCUUGGUCCUGGUGAUACGAUCAUUGUUGAUGGAGCUAAGAGAGACCGAGCAGUCUGGCCAGGUGACAUGGGCAUCGCAGUGCCUUCAACUUUUGUCAGUAUCGGUGAUUUAAGUCCUGUCAAGAAUGCAUUACAAGUGAUGUACGAUUAUCAAAACCCAACCACAGGAGCAUUCCCAGAAGCUGGACCACCACUUUUGCAACUUGGCUCUGACACUUACCAUAUGUGGACCAUGAUAGGGACUUUCAACUAUUUUCUUUAUAGCAACGAUACGGCAUUCCUUCAAGAGAACUGGGCAAAGUACCUUCUAGCUAUGGACUAUAUUUAUGGGAAAGUGACCUAUCCAAGUGGUCUGCUGAAUGUAACCGGCUUGAGAGAUUGGGCCCGUUGGCAAACCGGGUAUAAUGGUAGCGAACCUCAAAUGAUUCUCUACCGCACUCUCAUUACAGGCAGUGAUCUAGCAGUCUGGGCUGAAGAUAACACAGGUCUCAAUGCCACCUGGAACACUCGUGCAGCAAAUCUCAAGACAGCCAUCAAUCAAUAUUGCUACGAUGAUGCCUACGGAGCAUUUAAAGACAACGCUACAGCCACAACUCUUCAUCCACAAGACGCAAACAGCAUGGCCGUCGUCUUCGACGUAGUGGACACAGACAGAGCCGAGAGUAUUUCUACAAAGCUCUUGGAUAACUGGACACCGAUAGGCGCCGUUACACCUGAACUUCCUGGGAACAUCUCACCAUUUAUUUCUGGUUAUGAAAUUCAAGCUCAUUUCUCCAUUGGCCAAACAGCGCGAGCAUUGGAUUUGAUUCGAAGAUGCUGGGGCUGGUAUCUGAACAAUCCCCUCGGAAGUCAAAGUACGGUGAUCGAAGGCUAUCUUCAGAACGGGACGUUUGGGUACAGAUCAACUCGAGGCUACGACUAUGACGCUUCAUAUGUCUCACACUCUCACGGCUGGAGUUCAGGGCCAACAGCUGCUCUCACAACCUAUGUUCUGGGACUCAGUGUUACAGGCCGAGCAGGCUCAACAUGGAAACUCGCGCCUCAAUUUGGAAAUCUGACGAACGUGGAAGGAGGAUUCACGACUGGGCUUGGAAAAUACCAGGCGAGCUGGGAAACGAAGGAAGAUGGGUAUGCUUUGAGCUAUAAUGUUCCUGAUGGUACUAUUGGGGAACUCGUAUUGCCUCUCCUAAACGCUGGCGAACUUCCUAGAAUCAUGAUUGAUGGACAGCCUGUGCCGCAAAGUAUGAAUCCUGAGAUUGUCGGGGACGCCGUGGUGCUGAGUUCUGCUCAAGGUGGUAGUCACGAGAUAGUUGUGCAGUAG